CCCCAGACCUUCCUGAGAGCAGAUCAAGAACAUCUCCUUUUUAAAAAGAGAUCAAUGGUGUCUCACUUUGUACAUGAUCUGCUUUGAUGCGGGUACGCAUCCUUUCCCUUCUCCCCUUUUUCUCCUCCUUCAUCUGUCCUCAUCGCAGCCUUUAUCUCUGCGCGCCGCGCAUUUUACCCGAGCACCAAGCAGAAAGCAGCAGCAGCAGACAAUUAUCCACACACAGAGAACAUUGUGCCGAGGACGCUCCGGUCAGUGACAUCUGAGAGAAAGAGAGAGGCAGACAGAGAGGAGGAGAGAGAGCGAUUCUACUUGGCACACAGCGCCCCUGUGGCAGAGAGACUUUGACUGACUGGCUGUCUGACGGAGGAUUCUGGAGGACAACGCAGCUCUUCUAAUCCUUUUCACACCUUUUUCUGCGUCUCGUCUGUCAUCUCGGAGACCUCUGAUGGUUUUCUAGCGUCUCUUCACAGCUUCUUGCCACCUCAGCAUCGGAUUCUGCUUGUUACCCCGCACCUUUCUUCCCCUCUCUUCUCCUUGACUGGCCGAACCGGGGCUGAUCCCAGCCAACCCGGGCCGGGCCGUGGGGCUUUUCGGCGAGCCUUGUAGCUGAGAGUUGGGACACCCGAGAUGUGCGCUUCGGGACCAGGGAUCUGGGCUCUCCCCUCGGCGUGGGGAACCUCGGGCUCGUGGCAGUGCUUCUGGUGGUGGGUCGUGGCGGUCGGGGUGACGGUGGGCUCGGGGGACCCGUGGAUGUCCGCGGAGGCAUGCCCCUCGACUUGCUCCUGCAGCAGCACCAGGAUCUCCUGCGUGGACCCGGAGCGAGGGAUCAGCGCGUUCCCCGUACUGCAGAGCGAGGCGGAGAUGGAGAACAUCACCGACAUCUACAUUGCAAACCAGAGCAGCUUCUCCUCCAUUAAUGACAAAGACCUGCACUACUACAAGAACCUCAGGAACCUUACGGUGACCAACAGCAGGCUGACAUACGUAUCAAAACUGGCAUUUCAGAGCAACUUAAGGCUACAGUAUCUGAAUUUGAAAGACAACAACCUGUCAUCCCUCUCCUGGAGGAUAUUCAAGCACCUCAACAUCUCAUAUCUAAUCUUGUCAGGGAACCCUCUACACUGCUCCUGUGAGAACAUGUGGAUCAAGCUGUGGUUAGGAGAGGAAGCAGACACUCAGGAGCUGCGCUGCAUCGAGGAUGGAGGAGCACGCAAGCCACUGUCAAGACUGAGACUACCGAAAUGUGAGGUUCCAAUGGCAACCCUGAGCCCAUCCAAAGUGACCAAAAUGGAAAAGGACAAUGUUGAGCUCUUCUGUACAACGUCGGGCAUGCCCUCACCUGAGUUGAUCUGGGACAUGGCACUUGUCACAAACUACGUGAUCGAGACGUCUGGCCAGAUUUCGGUGCUGCGGCUCUCAAACUUGUCAUCAAUGGACCACAACAAGAAGAUCAGCUGCACGGCUGAAAAUAUUGUUGGAGAGAGAGAGUCCUCUUUGCUGCUGGAUAUACUUUUUGCACCCCAAAUCACAAAACUGAGUGACGCCAUCGCAGACCAUCACUGGUGCAUACCCUUCAGUGUAGCAGCAAACCCAGAACCACAAAUCAAGUGGUACCGGGACAAUGUGGAAGUGACAGAGGGGGAGUACAUUAUGACAAUGAUCCACGACAUCACAGAGAGAGAAUACCACGGCUGCCUCCAGCUGGACAAUCCCACACACAUCAACAACGGUCUUUAUCGCCUAGAGGUUAAAAAUAAAUAUGGCUCAGACGAAAAGGAGAUCACAGCUCACUUUAUGCGCAGGCCGGACGAUGAAAAUGAACCUUCCUACUAUGCAGAUGUAACCCCAGAAAAUCCUCCUCUAGACCCACCUGAGGACAGAGUUGCUGUAUACGUAGUCGUGGGAAUUGCUGCUGUAGCCUUCACUGGUUUCUUGCUGAUGCUGGUUAUCCUAAAGUUUGGAGGAAAUUCCAAGUUUGGCAUCAAAGGACCGUCUUCAGUGAUCAGCAAUGAUGACGACUCAGCUUCUCCUCUUCAUCAUGUCUCCAAUGGCAGCAACACUCCCUCUUCCUCAGAAAUGGGUCCUGAUGCUGUCAUCAUUGGCAUGACCAAGAUCCCUGUGAUAGAAAACCCUCAGUAUUUUAGGAGCACCAACAGCCUGUUGAAGACUGACACUUUUGUCCAGCACAUUAAGCGACACAACAUCGUGCUGAAGAGAGAACUGGGAGAAGGAGCUUUUGGAAAAGUUUUCCUGGCUGAGUGCUACAACCUUUCACCUGACCAGGAGAAGAUACUCGUUGCUGUCAAGACACUGAAAGAGGCCAGUGAAAAUGCCAGGAAGGAUUUCCACCGAGAGGCCGAGCUGCUGACCAACCUGCAGCAUGAGCACAUCGUCACGUUCUACGGUGUUUGUGUGGAGAGCGACCCUCUCAUCAUGGUGUUUGAGUACAUGAAACACGGAGACCUGAACAAGUUCCUCAGGGCUCACGGACCAGAUGCAGUUCUGAUGGCGGAAGGCCAGACCACCAGACCCGUGGAGCUGACCCAGUCUCAAAUGCUCCAUAUUGCCCAACAGAUAGCAUCUGGCAUGGUCUACCUGGCAUCACAGCACUUUGUGCACCGCGACUUGGCCACCAGGAACUGUCUGGUGGGGGAGAACCUGCUGGUUAAGAUCGGAGAUUUUGGCAUGUCCAGAGAUGUUUACAGCACGGACUACUACAGGGUAGGUGUCGGAGGUCAUACCAUGCUGCCAAUCCGCUGGAUGCCCCCUGAAAGCAUCAUGUACAGGAAGUUCACCACAGAAAGCGAUGUCUGGAGUCUAGGAGUUGUUCUUUGGGAGAUCUUCACCUAUGGGAAGCAGCCUUGGUACCAGCUCUCCAAUAAUGAGGUGAUCGAGUGUAUAACUCAAGGUCGGGUGUUGCAGCGUCCAAGAACCUGCCCCAAAGAGGUGUAUGACCUGAUGCUGGGCUGCUGGCAAAGAGAACCACACAUGAGACUCAACAUUAAAGAAAUCCAUGGUCUACUCCUUAAUCUGGCCAAGGCCUCACCUGUUUAUCUGGAUAUACUGGGCUGAACAAGAGGAGGAUGAAACGCAGUGUGUGUUCAAGCUGUGUGUGGGGAUAUAUUUAAAUGUAUAUGUGCAUUUAAAUUUUGCAUGCAUGUGUAUGUGAGUCAAAGUGGGCAUUGGGACACUUCCGACUGAAGCGUUUGAUGCUCAUGCAGGUGGG